CUGUCAAAUGUCAAAAGUUUUGUGAUUGGUGUUGAAAGGUAUAGUUUGAAAUAAUUAAAAAUUGUGAUACCUAAUUAAUUUAAUAAUGGAAUCGGAAGCUUUUCAACAAUGGGGAAAAUUAUUUACGAAGGAAGUUAGAGAGAUUUGGUGUAAAGAACAAACAGAAUUUAAAAUUGCAACUAUGUUGCUGUUCGUGUUAAAACGCGAAUUUAAUAAUCUUUUAUGUAAUCUCGAUGAUGAAUAUGGUGAAAUAAAAUUGAAAUAUAACAAUGUUAAAGAAGAAAAGAAUGCAACAGAUAAAGUUAACUGUAACAAUGAUGAAUCAACCGUUUUAAACUCACCACCAGCUCUUAAAUCAAUUGAAAACAUUUCAUUUAAUAAAGAUGAUCUUUUUAUCGAAUCUUCUGAUGACACAAUAUGCCCCAGUCCAAAAUUAUCGAGACAAAAACAUUAUAAAAGAAAGAAACCUAAACUUUUUAAAACCGAUGAUGUUUGUACAAAGUCAAAAUUAAAAUUGGAUUUGGAUAAAGGAGAGGAGUGCGUUGCAUUCCAUGAUAAUUCUCCUACGCAAUUAUUGUCACAACAACAUGAUAUUAUUGAUUGUACUAUGAUUAAUGGAACUCCGAAUGUGACGGGUAAUUCUAAAAGGGGGCGAUAUUUUUUGGAUUGUUCUAAGAAAAGAAAUGUUAAAAAAAAUAAAAAGUCUUUUCAAAAUAAUACUUUAACUCAAAUGUUGUUUAAUAGUGAAAGUAUUUCUAAGGAAACUAAUAAAAUUGAUGAUUCAAGGUGUGCAGAUAAAAACUCGGUUUUACUAAAAAAUCCUUUUAUUUCAACUAAAACUGGAACAACGAAGGAUGUUAAUUCUAAACCUCCAAAUGAGAUAGUUUGUAAAGACCCUGUUGUUCGCGGGAAAGAACGAUUAAAAUUAGAAGGUUGGGAUUGUGAAGAAUGUGAAAAAUUUUAUGGUGCGCUCGAUUUAAAUAGUCAAGAAGCAAAAAAGCUGCUUAACAAAUGUUCAAAACAUAGAGCAACACGGAAACCUACUGAUUACACUAUUCCUGGAUAUUGGACGCUUUCUUUCACUCAAACGCAAGAAAAAAAGGAACGGGAAUUAGAGCAACAUAAAACCGAAGAUUCUACGUUUUUUCAAUUUUAAGUAAAGUAAAAAACAUGAGAAAAUUUAUUAUAUUAUUGUAAAACUAUUUUGAUAUUUUUAAAUUAAACUAAAAGCAUGGUAUUAUUAUUUUUGAUUAAAUCCCAUGUCUUGUUGUAUUGUUAUCCAUGUUGUUCAAACCAUGUUGUUGUUUGGGUUUAUAUUUGCUCUAGAAUUCUAUAAUAAAGUGCCGGAUGUAA